AUGCCCAAGUUCAAGUUCGGACGCAAGACCUCCACUGGGUCCACACCAUCGCCAUCUACCCCCGACCCCUUUUCCAGUCCGCCCCUUGCUCCGGCAGCCCUCAUGACCCAAAGUGUCAGCCCCACUAAGACGAAGCGCUUCGCCAUGUUCCGCGGUGCCAGGAGCAAGAGCAUGUACGAUCUCGACAACCCGAAGGUCACCCCCAGCAAAACGCACACUCCAAAGGCUUCCUCGCUCGCCAACCUCUUCUUCAACCUCUCAGGCCAAUCUGGGAGCCCUCGUCGCACCCAGAGCCCAGGCAGUGGCAAGCAGGACGCCGCCACGAUCAUCCUUGCGUCGAACCACCGCACGUCGGCGGAUUCGGACUCGAUCGCGAAAGAGAAGAUGGAUGCACAGUCGUCCGCUACGAGCGUCACUGUUGAUUCGCCGUCUCCUGUCCGCACUUCUGCGGCGUCGAGCGUGGAGAAGCGGUCCUCCAAGGCGUCUCUUACUGGUGCCGCGAGCGACAAGCAGGAACAGGAACAAGUAAAAGAGAUCGAGGUUCUUCCGCCUGUUCCACCUGUGGCCGUUUUCGUCCAACCACCGACUCCAGUUCUCCCCUCGUUUGACGCCGCUGUCAUGAACCGUCUUCCUUCGGACCCUUACGAGCCCAAGAUUCCUGAGGUCGACGAGGCAAAAGAGGUCGUCGCAGAGGUCGUCGCGCCGGCCGCCCACGACCCUCUUUGCGCUAAUCUUCCCCUGUAUUCGUCCAGUUCAGAUCCUGGCCUUCGGAAGUACGCCGAGAUACUCCAACGCACCGUACGACGCAUCCAGGCAGACGGCACGAUCACACAGGAGACGGCUUUUCGAAAUACUAUCCUUAUCGCCUGCUUCCUGUAUAUCAUCGCUGCGGGCGUUCUCCUACCUCGCCAUCACGACUCUAUCAGCUCAGCGACAGGCCUCCCGGUCGAAGGAUGGCCUGCUCUCGUCUCUGCGGGUUUACUACUUGUCCUUGCGAUGUUGCGAGCCGUGAUCUGGGUCGCGAGUCGCGUUGGAAAGUCCAUCUGCGAUCUGGAUAUCGAAGAUGUGUUCAGCAAGGGGGCGUGUGUCGAUGCCAACGGAAGAAAAAUGGGUGAGGCGGACAUGAUUGUUGGAGGUUUGAUUGGAUAG